AUAGGGCUGUAUAUGAUGUUGAGCGGCAGGAGCACUGCAAUUGAAAUUAAAGCUGUUAUCGCUGUGUUCCCUGCACUGCAAACUGAUCAUCUGGGUGGCUCUUCUGUUCCUCUCCUUUCCUCCCCUGCACAGGCUUUCGGCAGACAGUUGGUAUCUGCACAGCACGGUUGGUCUCUUAUCACAAGGAGAGCAGCAAGCACAACAUUUAAGGCUUCAGACCUACAAAUAGAGUUGAACAAACACCCCAAAGAGAAGCCUCAUGUUUCCACCUUGGUAUUCGGGAAGACUUUUACUGAUCAUAUGCUUACAAUCGAAUGGACCAAUGAAAAGGGUUGGGGCAAGCCACACGUCAAACCAUUUCAGAACCUUUCCCUGCACCCUGCCUGUUCUGCUCUGCACUACUCUAUAGAGCUCUUCGAGGGUAUGAAGGCCUACAAAGGGGAAGACAAUCAAGUCCGCCUUUUCCGACCAAUGAUGAACAUGGAAAGAAUGCACAAAACAGCACUGAGAGCUUGUCUGCCUUCUUUUGACAAGGCAGAGCUCCUCGAGUGUAUGAGAAGAUUCAUUGACAUUGACAGAGAUUGGGUCCCUAAGUCUAAUACUGCCAGUCUCUAUAUUCGACCAACAUUUAUUGGCACAGAGCCAUCUCUCGGUGUCACAAAAGCCAAUCAUGCAUUAUUAUAUGUCAUUAUUGGGCCAGUGGGACCAUACUUUCCCAGUGGAGGAUUUAACCCUGUCUCACUGUUGGCUGAUCCAAAAUACGUGCGUGCCUGGAUGGGGGGUGUAGGAAACUAUAAACUAGGGGGAAAUUAUGGUCCUACCAUAUAUGUACAGAAUGAAGCAUCCCAGCUAGGAUGUCAGCAAGUGUUGUGGCUGUAUGGAGAUAACCAUGAAGUGACUGAAGCUGGCACAAUGAACUUUUUCAUGUUCUGGACUAAUGAACAAGGAGAGAAAGAGCUAAUAACUCCCCCGUUAAAUGGUUUAAUCCUCCCUGGGAUAACAAGACAGAGCUUACUGGAUCUGGCACGGCAGUGGGGAGAAUUCAAAGUGUCCGAGAGCACAGUUACCAUGAAUGAUCUGAUUAAAGGGCUUCGGGAAAACAGAGUAUAUGAGGUCUUUGGCGCAGGAACAGCCUGUGUUGUAAGUCCAGUAAGCCGGAUACUCUACAAUGACAAAAGUUACCACAUACCCACCAUGGAAAAUGGACCUGAGAUUGCAAAACGUUUCUUGAAGGAGCUCACAGACAUCCAGUAUGGACGAACUCCCAGUGAAUGGUCAUUCCUGGUAUGAAUGUAAAGUGUCUGAAAUCAGGAUUUCCAUUCCAAAGUAUCACAAUCAACAAUCUCUUGGAUUUUAUGAAAAGUGUUUUUACUUUACAAGGAGUGCAGUCUUAGGACUCGUCAUACGAAAGUGAAACGAGAGUGUCUGUCUACCUCCAAUACUGCAACAGAUUAUUUCAGUUAUUUUUUAUAGUUCUCAGAUAGGACAGAUAAGUGGCCUCUUGUAUUUUAAUGUAUUUAAAUGGUUAAUGAGAUUAUGAUCUUAGAUGGGUUAGAAAUGCAGUAGAGUUGUAGAUUAAGACUGUGAUUGUAGUUCUGCCGUUGUCUCCUGUAAUAUUGUAGAUCAUUUAUGUGCUUGAACGGUGCUAUAGAAACUCCAACAGAUCUUCCUGCCUCUGCUGCUUUGCACAAGACUUCAUGUCUUCUCAGCAAUAUGAAUCAAAACUGAGAUUACUCUCAAUGACACUCCACUAUUAAACUGUAUAAAUCACUUG